AUGCAAGAGGGUUUCAAUGCCCCUACCGAGGAGAGUCGCGUUUCCUUUGGUGGGCUGUCACGUGAAAUGCAAACUUUUUUUUCCCAUUUCGCAGGUGUGGGGUACUGCGCUGUGAUGGUAGCGUUUUACGUCUCUUUCUACUACACCGUGAUCAUAGCAUGGGCCUUCUAUUUUUUAUUCGCGAGCCUUCAACCUGAGCUCCCGUGGACGAGGUGCGACGCCUCAUGGAAUACUCCCUCUUGUUUCUCUUAUGCUCAAAAAUCAUCGAAAAACACGUCCUCUGAGGGAGAUGAAGAACUCAGGGCUAACUUCGACGUGUCUACAUCGCCAGCUUUCGAGUACUUCGCGAGAGGAGUGUUGGGAUUACAUCGAAGCACGGGGAUUUCUGACCUCGGUUGGCCACGAUGGACACUCUUGGGGUGCUUACUUAUUGUCUAUUCCCUUCUUUAUCUCUCUCUCUUCAAAGGAGUGAAGGCUUCGGGUAAAGUGGUCUGGGUCACGGCUACCAUGCCCUACUUCAUCCUCAGCAUCCUCUUAUUUCGAGGCCUUUUCUUACCGGGGGCCAGUCAAGGCAUCAUUUAUUAUCUCAGUCCGGACUUGUCACGCUUGAAGCAUUCUCAGGUAUGGGUGGACGCAGCGGUCCAGAUAUUCUAUUCAGUCGGGGCUGGCUUUGGAGUGCAUCUCACGUAUGCAAGCUACAACACAUUCCACAACAACUGUUACAGGUGA